ACGUGAUCAUAAAAUGGUGGAUGGUAAAUAACGUGGUUCUCUUUAAUUUAAUUUGAAAAAACAGUCUUCACAAGUGAAGGUAUUCAAAUAAAGUUUUUGUAAUGACUGAAUGUACAGUGUGCGGAGGAAACAACUUUGAGGAACAUGAGGGACAUUUUUUCUGUACCCUUUGCAGUACCCAGUCUCAGGAUGUUCGCGUGAUUGUUGCGGAAGAGGAAAAUUUUGAAAAUUUUAGUAGAACUGGUCAAAUAAAAGAACCACCAACUCCAAGGCGAAACAAGAGACAGGCCCCAAACGGUGAUUUUGGUCGUCCAUGGAGUGUGUAUGAGGCUUAUCAGAUUAUAAUUCUACAUCAGGUUGAGGCACUUAUCAAACUUGGGGCGGACAAGAGUUUGAAGGAAAAAGACCAGACCAUUGUAGCUCUCCAAAAUGAAGAGUUUUAUGAGGGAGAUAAUCCACUCAGUGAAAGUGGGGAAACAGAGAGAGUAUCUAGGGGAGAUGAUUCAGACAGCAGUGAAGUGGAAUUGGAGGAGGAUGAAGAGGAAAAGUGGGGAAGAUAUCGGAAAUCACUAAAGUAUGACUCUGUACACAAAGUAAGAAUGACCAGUACAAUCAGUGUGUGUUAUCUCGGAUUGAUGUAUACCAACCCCAUGACAACAGUGACUGAUCUCAUCAGAUGGACACGGCAGAAGAAGAUACCUUAUAUAGAUGUCAGAACUAUUCUGCCAGAAGAUAUGAAAUUCUGUCUAAAUGAUUGGCAGCUGUUCGGCUUUGGUUCACCACCGACAUUGCAACAGAUUCGUCAAACUGCUGGAACAAUUGCCUCCUACAUUGAUUUGAGCAAAUUCCCAGACUUCCCUCUGCAGGAACUUGUAAAUAAAUAUAUAGUACUGAUGGACCUUCCAGUGGAGUUUCAUGAAUAUGCUAUGAAUCUGCUGAGGUUAAUGCCAGUUAACCUAGAGUAUGUACCAAAUAGCAAUAAAAAGUAUACAAUCUUCUGGGAAGGCAUAGCUAUGGCCUAUAUUGUGAUCUUGAUGAAGUUGAUAUUUGGACUGACAGAUACCCAUGAAAUGUUAUUAUCAGAGUACAGUAAGGAACUGAUGGAGUUUGCUGAGUAUGGCCAGCCUCUUUUUGUGUGGACAGAUUGGGUUCAGCAUAUGAAAAACAAAAUGAAAGUACGAGACCUACAAGAGACAAUGUGUUUUGAUAAAGACCACACUUCCGCUGGUAUGCUUAGUGAUAGAAUAAAAUCAACAAGUUACAUGUGUAAAGUAAAGUUAUACGACAGGACAUUUAAAGAGUCUAUAGCACAACCAAUCAGGGAAUUAUCUCAACGAUGGAAGUCCCAAAACCCAGAGGACAACCAGUCAACCGCCAGUGAUCAUAUUUUGUAUGGAAACGGACAAAAUGAUGCUCCACUCGAUUUUGAUGUUAACACACUAGAUGACGAUGAUCUGUUACAACAGCUGGAUGAUUCUUUCAGAAAUAAGUCAAAUAUUUCGACCAGUGCAAAUGUUAGUGGAAUUAAUCAAGAAAGUGGGCUUGAGUCGGACAUGCGUACAAGAUCGAUACAUUUCCGCAAGUCUACCAUCCAGCACAUUUUGAAUCCUGAUUCCUACUUAGCUGUUUUACAUAACAGACAUGAAGGAAAUCACUCUGACAAAAGAAUGCCUGAAAAUGAUGAAAUUCUGUCGGAAUUGCUAAAUGUGGAACUUUACGACGUAUCGUCAACUCAAUCGAAAAGAUUGGAAAAUUCCGGUAACAGGGUCGCAAAUAGUGACAAUUUUCAAAAUGACAAUUUUGCCAUGCAAACUCGCCUGGAGAGGUAUAGAGAUGUGAUUGAAAAGCUUAAAGAAGUUCAAAAUAAUAUGAAGACUACAAUUGAUUAUGAAACACCAAACUUUUGUCUAUCAUAUGACUGGUUGUUGAAAAUCUGCGGCCACUUUAUAGAGUGUGAGAUGGCAGAGCUACAGGAGACGAUUAUGAAGAUGGAAAUUAUGUAUUUCUCCGACUCUGAUGAUCCCUCUUUGACUCCUCUAGGCAAAUAUCAUCGUAAAUUGCUGAGGGAUGUAUACAAAGGUGCUGGCCACUUUGCUAAAAGGCUUACUGGACUUAAAAAAUAAGAAAAUAUUUGUUGUUUUUUUUAUAUAAAAAAACACUAAUAUUUUCUUAUUUUUUAAGUUAACUUGUUUAACUUGUACCACAACAAGUUAUUGUAACCACUGAUUUCUAAAGAUGAUGUAAUAAUUAGUACAUUGUUAUCAUAUUGUUACAUUAUUUUAAAUGAAGUAAGUGAAAAUCUGAUGGUGUUGUUUACAAGAGAGAUAA